AUCGUUCAUCGUCCACCACCACCACCCAAUUCGCUGUAGCGAUAAUAGCAUAAAAAACAAAUUAAACAAAUAAUCUUAGCUUGAGCCGGUCGCUGAAGCCGACCAAUUGCCGCCGCCGCACAGCAGAGCACGUGAGCUACAUUGGCCAUGUACGCGACCAACAAUGGCGGCACGAAUAAGGCGCCAAACAGCAAUGCCGCCACAACGCUGUUCGACAACACAAUUACCGUGACACCGAUCAAGGUGGAUCUGAGCGGACCCAUGUCGCAGGCCUACGCAGCUGGCAAGGUAACGACGACUGCUGUUCAGCGACGAACGCCCAACGCUGUGGUCGUUACAUCCCAACAGCAGAUUCCCCAGCAGCUUCCCCAACAACAGCAACAACAACAGCAGCAGCAGCAGCAGCUUCAACAAUCUGCCACGGCCACACUGACGAUGCCCAUGCAGGCGACGCUGGUCUCUAAUGCCUGCACCAUUGUGAAUCCCGGAAUGACGAUGACGGUGAAUGCCAGUCCCAGUCCCAGCACGCCCAAGGAAAAGGCCACGAAGGCGACACGGACGCAAGUGGCCCGGAAGCCGCCGCCGACCAUCGACAACUUCUGGCCGAAUAUCGUGAGCGAGGUGCACGGGAUCGGGCAGGUUGAUGCCAAGCAUCAGGUUCUGCCCUUGGCGCGCAUCAAGAAGAUCAUGAAGCUGGACGAGAACGCCAAAAUGAUAGCUGGCGAGGCACCGCUGCUGUUUGCCAAGGCCUGCGAAUACUUCAUCCAGGAGCUGACCAUGCACGCCUGGGUGCACACCGAGGAGAGUCGCCGGCGCACGCUGCAGCGCUCGGACAUCGCCCAGGCCAUAGCCAACUACGAUCAGUUCGAUUUCCUCAUCGACAUAGUGCCGCGGGAGGAGAUCAAGCCAUCGUCGGCGCAAAAGGGCAAAGAUUCCAUGGGAGCGUGCUCGACCACUGGGAUGGCCGGGUCCGUUGCCGGCAGCUCUGUUGGCCACAGCUCCGCCUCCUCCGCCGCCACAGCCACCGCCACGAGCAAUUUCAGCUUGGGCGGCACCACUGUACCUUCUGCCACGGCCACCCUCAAGAUGGACACCAGCAGCGCUGCGACCGCAGCCGAGGUACUCGGCUUCAGCACCGUCAAUCAGGACAUUUUCACCGCCCAACUGCAGCAGCAUCAGCACCAGCAGCAGCAGCAGCAGCAACAACAACAUCAGCCCCAGCACGUGCAGAUCAUCCAGCAGGCCGGUGGCCAUGCGGGAGGCCAGCAGCUGCAGUACUUCAUUGCGCUGCCGGGGCAGCAGGGCACGCAGCUGGUGCAGCAAGUGCAGCAAGUGCAGCAGGUGCAGCAGCAGCCAGCUCAGAAUCACUUGUCCCAGAGUCUAGGCCUUAAUAUUGUGGCCGCACAGCAGCCCACACAGCAGCUGAUUCUCACCACCGGCCCCAACGGGCAGCUAACCGCCACUCCGGCGCCGACAACGGCGGCCCAGCAGCAAACGGCACUGCUCCAGAAUCUCGCCCAGCAGCAUCACCAGCAGCAGCAGCAACAGCAACAACAACAGCAGCAGCAGCAGCAACAGCAACAAAUCCAGAUAAUUCAGCAGGUGGUGGGACCAACGGGAGAGAUAACCAAUGUGCCCAUUGCCAUCACUGCGAGCCACUUGCAGCUGCUGCGACUGCAGAUGCAGCAGCAGCAACAACAGCAGCAGCAACAACAGCAGCAACAGCAACAAGUCGCAGCCGCUGCACAAUUGGCUGGGCAGCAGCAUGGGCAACAGCAGCAGGUGAUCAUACCCACAAAUCUGCUGACGGCACAGCAGCUCAUACAGCUGGGGGCGACGCCCGCGGGCACAGCCACCCACCAGCAGCAGCAUCAUCAUCAGCAGCAGCAGCACCACCACCAGCAGCAGCAUCAGAUUCAGGUUCAGGUGCAACAGCAGCAGCAUGUAAAUCUCAGCCAGAGCAACUCGAGCACCGUCACCAAUGCCACGCCCAUAUACAUCAAUUCGACGGUAUCGAGUGCGCAGACGGCAACGCAAUCGCAACAGCAACAGCAGCAGCAGCAAACGCAGGCGCAAACGAUCACCACAAUGUCCACGGAUCGGACGCUGACUGGAGGGUUUCGGUAAAAGCUCAGAGUGCUGAGAUCUAUGUCUCCACCUCCCUCACCACCCAGCGCAUACCGCUCCAAAGAGAAAGAGUUUUAGAGGAGAGGCUUAGUUUUGUGGACAGAUUUGUGGACAACUAGCAAUCAUAUCGAAGCAUCGGCAGGCAUUGGCAAUGGCAUUGGCAAUGGCAAUGGCAUUGAUUGCGCCAUUCCCCUGUCAUCCAGCACAAUGUAUAUUAUAAAUAUUUAGUUUAUAUCGGAUAAUAGAGCCUAGAAGAUGGAUUAUACAUAGAUAGUUCUAAGUUUUAGAUGAGAUUCUCUUCAGUGUAGAAAUGAUUUCAGAUUUGAAUUUAUAUGCAAAAUAUCCUUGCAGAUUCUUACACUAGAAGCAGCAUAUAUAGCCAGCCAGCCAUCCGUGUGUAUAUAUAGAGUAGAGUAGAAUACUCCACCCCGUCUGUCCGUCUGCGAGCUGUAGCUGUACAACUUUGGCACACAAAACUGAGGCAUAAGUGUCUGUUUUGCCUGCUAGCAUCACCAAAAUUUACGAGAAUAAAACUUGUAGUUGGAUGAGCGGACAAACGAUCGAUCUGCAAGGGUAUCGCACAUGCUUCGGGGCAACCGAAGGUAGCACCUUCCUUCCUUUCCUCCUUUCUUGUUAAUAUAGACACCCGGAGACGCGCGAGAGUUCCAAGUCUCAAGCAGUAUGCCAAAACGGAUGAGUUAUUGUGAACUGCUUCGGGGCCUGCAGGUUUCACCACUCCUCCAACCACCAAACACACACAAAAACACACAUCCACCAUCCACAUUUUAAAGCUAGCACUUAGAGAUAACACAGCCGAGGAUGCACGCACCACGCAUCCCUCCCGCAUAUGUGGGGCUGUGCAUCCUCGGGGGUUUAUUAUGUAUUUGUAUGUGUAACUAGGAUAAGAUCUAAAAACAAUUAUAAGCAACAAGGACUAUGUGCCAGAUGCGACUGUGUAC